AAAUAGCUUGAAACUUUCUUCACCUUUAAACGAUCACAGUAAAGCAUUGAAACUAGUGUAUACGAGACAUUCAACGCGAAGAAAACAGCCUUUCGGUUAGCUUCGGAGAAGUACACACAAGAUUCGUAAAACUGUAAAGAAGGAUCUCAGAGGCAUAAGAGCUAAACACGGACGUCGACGUAACUUAUGAUGGGCUGCAGACCGGCAGCAAAGUCGAAGGUGGCGGAAGGGUGCGGUCGCGGGCAGCUCCAGGCAGCUUCCUCGUCGCCGAGGUGUAACGAGGUGAUCAUCGAGCUUCCCAGCGAGACGACGAUCGUUCAGAAGCGAGAGGAUCGGGGUUCGAGCGCGGCCGCCGGGACGGAGGAAGAAGAGGAGGAGGAAGAACUGGCGAAAGAACGAGGUUCGUCGUGUUGGUCGUCGAGAUUCGAGCUGUCGUUCUCCGCGAACGAGUCAAGUUUCAGCAGAUAGCUGCCAAGUGAGAAUGCAGAGGCUGCGUUCGACCUUCAAGAGGUCGCGCACCCCGACGGGAGCGGAAAUGAAGUCGCAGUCGAGUCUCGAAGUACCGAAGCAAGUCAGGUCGGCCUCCUUCGACGAGAUCCAAUUGGAAGCUAAACGACAGGACGAUGUGAGGGACGGCAGAUCGACCAGGACCACGUCCUCCUCGUCGUCCUCGUGUUCACCGGCGAGGUCCCAAGAUUCGUCGCGUGGAAGACGAUCCGCGACGCUCAGGGUGCCGCAAUUGCACAGCGGCCAAAGGUCCAAGAGUUUCGACGUGGCUGAACGGAGCUAUGGAUCUUCCUCCAGUCAACAAUCUCUUGGCAGCGUUCGACGUCCGGAGACACCGACGAUUCAGGUCUCUGGAUGCUACCACUGUAUCUGCGUGGAAGAAUAUAAAAAUCUUUAUCUUAGUAGAGACGAGGAUGAUCCCUCGUCGAGAGAAGAUCUCGAUGACGAAGCAGAUGUAGUAGACGACACUUCGGAGGACGAAGACUCCGAAUUAGUGGAUAAGAGCGAAGCUAGUCCAGAAAUUAGAGUCACGUUAACGACGUUCACCGAGAAAGAGCCAGAUGUUACCGAUGUGGUGUCCGAAACGACGAUACCACCCGAUACAGUGGUCCCUGAGGUCGUUCCUAAGGUGGUACAAGAUGAAAUGUCCGAUAUCAGCGAGGUCAGAGGUGGUCUAUUUCCGGGCAGGGAACGUAGGAGGUCGAUCUCCUCUCCGAAACUUGCUCGACAAGAAGCUCUAACGUCGUACCCUUUGGAGCUUCCGACGGUGGUUAGCUCGACCGAGGACGAGGAAGAAUCGACCCACGAUCUUAGCUCGAGCAAAUGCAAGUUCGUCGUCAGAGAUAUCUUUUUGACCGUUCCGGAGUUGAAAAGGGAUCGCGCUGCAUCCGUGGACUCCUGCUUCAAUAACAAGAAUGGACAUGGCGAGGAUGCCGAUACGUUGACCGUUCCACAGCAAAAUAUACGGUCGAAGAGCGUCGAUAUCGUUCUGCCUACCGAGGCGCAGACGAGGUACACGGCUCUGCUGCCUGACACCGAGGCUCGACCUCCAAGAGGAGGGAGAGAAGAGGGUGGAACGAGUGGCGGUCACCGUGAACCCCGAUCAACGCCCGAUUGGGGUCCCGGUGCACUUAAUGGAGAACAUCUUUGGGUACCGACGUCAGCUUCCGGUGAUUUCUGUUACGUCAAUGACUGUUCGAAACACGGGCCCCGGAUGAAAUGUGCUGCCUGCAGAGUGGUAGCUCACGCUGUGUGCGCGGUGAGUCUGAACUUCGCUUGUAAAUCUAGCUUCCGGGAUGUCGGGGUCCGCCAGUAUCGGGAACAGACGAACACUCACCACCACUGGGUACACCGACGAUCACAGAAGGGCAAAUGCGCAAAUUGCGGCAAGUCGUUCCAAUCGAAGCUGAGCUUCACCUCGAAGGAGAUUGUCGCGGUGAGCUGCAGCUGGUGCAAGCUGGCCUAUCACAACAAGGAGGCGUGCUUCAACGUUCAGAAGAUCGGAGAAAACUGCGAGUUAGGUAUUCACGCGUCUAUCGUAGUGCCGCCAUCCUGGAUCGUGAAGCUUCCCAGGAAGGGCAGUUUCAAGAGUAGCUUGAGAAAAUCGCCGAGAAAGAAGAAAUCUGGAAGCGGUGCUGGCACUGUGUCCAACAGAAAGAAAUCGAAAGAAAAGGAUAAGGAUAAAGAACAGGAUAAGGAUCAGGGGAUGCUUUGGGUGGUGAAACCUAUACCUACGCCAUCUGUGAAACCGGUGCUGGUUUUCAUUAACCCAAAAUCGGGCGGCAAUCAGGGAGCCAAGCUUUUACAGAAAUUCCAGUGGCUGUUGAAUCCGAGGCAAGUCUUCGAUCUGACCCAGGGCGGACCCAAGAUGGGGUUGGAAUUAUUCAAGACAGUUCCUAAUCUACGAGUUCUGGCGUGUGGCGGCGACGGUACGGUCGGUUGGGUAUUAUCGAUCCUGGAUCAGAUCGGUGCAUCUCCUCCACCAGCGGUGGGCGUGCUUCCUCUGGGAACCGGAAACGAUCUGGCCAGGGCAUUAGGAUGGGGCGGCGGUUACACCGACGAGCCAAUUGGGAAGAUUUUGACGAAUAUCGGAGAGAGCGAUACGACGUUGUUGGAUAGAUGGCAACUGGUAGUGGAGAGGAAUCCUGAUGCGCAAGGCGACGAUGAUAAUGGCAAAGGCAAAGAGAAUCUACCUCUGAACGUCGUUAAUAAUUACUUCUCUCUUGGCGUGGAUGCGCACAUUGCCCUUGAAUUUCACGAAGCUCGAGAGGCACAUCCAGAAAGAUUUAACUCGCGGCUACGAAACAAAGUGUUUUAUGGUCAAAUGGGUGGUAAGGAUCUCGUGCGACGAAAAUGGAAGGAUCUCUCAGAAUUCGUGACGUUGGACUGCGACGGCCAGGAUAUGACACCGAAAUUGAAGGAGCAUCGAGUUCACGCUAUAGUCUUCUUGAACAUUGCCUCGUACGGCGGCGGAACGCAUCCUUGGGGUGCUGCGAGUGGAACCAAAGAACCAUCGACGGAAGAUGGAAUGAUCGAGGUUGUUGGUUUAACGACGUACCAGCUUCCGCUUCUUCAAGCAGGUGGACACGGCACCUGCAUUGCUCAAUGUAGCACAGCUAAGCUGGUUACUACAAGGACCAUUCCAAUGCAGGUCGAUGGCGAGGCUUGUCGACUGCUGCCAUCCAUUAUAAAUCUAAAACUGCUAAACAAAGCGACAAUGCUGGCGAAACGAAAGAACGCGAGCAAACCUCAGCAAGACGUCAAACUGGAGAGGUUAAAACUGCCGGUGAUGAAGAUCAAGAUGUUAGAUUACGAGAGGUAUCAUCACGAUAAAGACAUGUUGAAGAAGGCCGCGACCACAUGGAUCGCAGAUCCACUUGAUCUCGACGCCACCACAGACCUAGAAUCACUGAGGAAGAUCCUGGCAAAAGACCAUAACAUGGACACUUGUUGCUUCCUCGACUCGUGUACCGCGGAACGAUUCUUUAGGAUUGAUAGAGCUCAAGAGCAACUCCAUUACGUGACUGAUGUAGCUGUCGAAGCGGUGUACGUCCUCGAGGAGAGUGCCUCCAAUCAGUUGAACGAGCCUGAUGGGACGAAGAUGUCUACGAGCCAAGAAUCGGCAGCCGCUGAUCCGUCGCCAAGCGAAGAACGACCAAAGAAAAAUGCAGCCAUGACAAACGAGAAGCCUAAAGAAGAGCCAAAGGCGCAGCCAGUUUCGGAACCACAGAACGCAACGCCUGAAACUGCAGCGCCUGAAACUACAGCGCCUGAAAUUGCAGCGCCUGAAACUGCAGCGUCUGAAUCACCACCUGAAACUGCAGCGCCUGAAUCACCACAUGAAACACCACUUGAAACGAAGAUACAGGACAAGGAUCAGGAUACUGCGAAAUCUCAUGAAUCGAUGAAUAAAGACGCGCCUCAGGAUGAAUCUCCAAAUGUGAAGAAGGAGGAAAAAAUAUCUGGAGACGCGAACAAGCAAAGCAGUUCCUCAAAAUCAAUCUCUGCCACGGUUGUCUCACAGUCACAAAAUCAAACACCACCUACCUUCAUUAGUCCACGAGAUAGACUUUUUGGCUUGAGUUCUGAGGUUCACACGUUUCACACGAGAUUACUGGAGAAAGCCAGCGAUGGUAUUUUGAAAGCAGCGAAAAUCGGCGAUCUACAGGCUUUGAAAGAAUUUCACGAGAAAGGAUACUCUCUUCUAUCCAUCGAUUCCUCUGGACAAACUGCUCUUCACCUAGCGUCGAGAUAUGGUCACAAGGAUAUUGUCAGAUAUCUCAUCGCUUGCGCACCAUCGAGUAUUCUCAAUAUGAUCGACAACGACAAAGGUCAAACCGCUCUGCACAAAGCGGCUCAAUAUAAACGUCGUUCCAUUUGCUGCAUGUUAGUGGCUGGUGGUGCUACUUUAAUCAUCAAGGAUCGACACGGCAACACACCUCGCGAUCUAGCCCUGCAAGCGGAGGACCGUGACCUCGCGGCGUAUUUAUGCAGUCAAGAGCAGUUCCAGCUGACAACAGAAGAAAUGGAGAACGCGCUCUGACCUCCGGCCGUAAUUGGUAGAGCCUGAGCUGAUCCUGAGUAAAAUUCUAUCUUCGAUGGAACAACCAGAGGGAGAUCCAGGCGAACGAACGACGAUCGUCAUCGACAUCGGUCAUCAACGAUACACGUUCGUUUUUCCUCUCUCUCUCUCUCUCUCUCUCUCUCUCUAUCUAUCUAUCUCUCUCUUUUUGUUUGCGUAAGUCGCAUGUGAUAAAUCGAUAUUUAUUCCAUCGACAGAUUAGCGAUGUCGACGCGUAAUUUACCAAGGUGCUCUCCAACCUUUCUCGUCGGAGCCUCGAGAUCCCUUUCUACGAACGUGUAAAUUAAUUACAUUCUGCAUAGGUGAACAAUACAUAGAUACAUACGUGUUACAUAUGUACAUACGUACAUGUGUUGUAUAAAGAUUAGGAAACUUUUUCGAUCGAUUACGAGCCUCUACAUGCAUACACGUAUAUAUUUUUAAAAUCGUACUCUCGUAUAGCUAAGGGAGGAAGCGUAUAAUAAUUUGCGUACGCAUAUUUCCUCUUGAUUUACCAACGACGAAACCGCGCGAACAGAUUGUCCGCAAAUUUUUUCGAAGAUAGUCGCACGAAUGUCGAGGAAUAAUACACGCGUGUGUAGAAGAUUCAAGUGUAAUUAGGAAACUUUUUGCUCAUUCGCGACGUCGCUGUUGCGUGUAACGUAUCGGCGAGUUUUAAGGGUGUGGAACUUGACGGGGCACGACCCGAGAAAGAAACCGAAUUAGUGAGAGGCUAGGUUCAAAGGAAUAUGAUAAUUGGAAAAAUGAAAUCGAGUAGCUGAUGUAUUAUAAAGACUAAUCUUCACCGUAUUCGUUUGUAUGAUUUUUUAUUUUAUAUUUUUCUACGUUCCAUUUUCUAGGUAUUACGAGUUGGCGAAGUAUAAAUAAACUAUCUUUAUCAAUUUAGCUCUGUCGUUCUACGUAGACGCGAUUUUUACAAUUUUUCGCCUCCGCGUUUUAGUCGCGAACGCUGUCGUCUUCUUUCAAACGCGGAGGACACGUAGUUUCUAGGGAUUAGCGUUCACAGAGUUGGACAGAAUUUUUCGUUCCAAUUGAAAUUAGAAUUAUUCGUUCGAUCAAUGUGAUCGUUAGGAUCGUCGAUCCACCGUAGAAUUCUCUUUGUUGUCCGUUGAAAUUUUUCAGAACACGUUGUUAUCCUUGUUGUGCCUCCAUAAAUUUUUCUUUCUGUUAUUACUCGAUCGAUCGUUCGAGCUGUACGAGCCUACAUUCGAGGAAACGUUUUUGAUAAUCGUGAUCGACAAGCGAAAUAUUAACCGUGACGGUUAUUUGUUGAAUUUCGUCAAGAAGGAAAGAAGUUCUAUCCGACUCUGCUGGUAUACAAACGUUUACUUAAACUAUCUUGUUAAAUUGUUCUCUUCGCUUGUUCUAGGAUACCUCGUCGCAUCGGGUAUACAUAUCUUUUUCUAUUUAAAGAAACAAGUCCCGCGUUAAUAUACAUAUUAUAUAUAUAUAUAUAUAUACAUACAUAUAUUUUCUACGUACGUUAAAAUACUGAUAUAAUAUUUAUUGUUCUUAAGAUACAGAGGUUUCUUCGCGAUGCUGUUUUUUCUUGUCAUGUGAACAUUUGUCGAACUUCUUGACACUGCUUGGACACACAUACACACAUAAACACAUACGUGAACACAUGCGUACACACGAUUACAGACACGAUUUCAAGAAAAAAAUGGAACUACUGAGAGAAGGAAAGUAUGCAUGGAUUUAAUAGAAAAAUCUAUGAAAAAUAUUUGGGAAGUUGGAUAAUACAAUCUACUUUGAAAAGCUUCAUACGUGGGAUUAGCGUGAUAUAAUCGAUUUAACGUAUUUGCGUGAUCACCUGAAAUUUAAUCGACAUAUCUUCCAGCGUUAUAUAUGAUAUCGAGAUACAAUCAGGAGUUUCGUGAUGGAAAACACCGAUUCAAACGAAAUUGCGCCAGUCAGUCGAUGAACCAACGAAAUUCUUAAAUCGCAGUUUCAUGUGGAAUCCAUAACGGAGGUACCUCCAUCAAAAUUUAUGGACAGAAAAGUUGUCUUAGGAUAAAAUAAUACAAUCGUAACCAUCGAUCGUAGAAUAAUUUUCCAACAUCUCUUCCAUGCCAACACAAGUAUUCUUUUAUCCUUGUAACACACGUGUAUGUUACUCCAUUUGAAACAACUAAUUGAAUAUUUCAAUCCUCUGCAAGCUCUUUAACACGCAGCUUCAGGGUGUAUUUCGAUAUAAUUACACGAUAACUUUUAAUUCUCUUCAGGCGCAUUACAAGCAGCUUUUCCUACGAAUUUUUAUCGAAUUCACGUGCUUGGAGCGUGAGAACGCGAUUUAAGGAUUCCAUUAUUGACAAGAGAUCCAUUGUAUCGCGCCUAUCCAUAAAAAUGAUCGGAAGUAACAAAGUCUUCGAGAAACGUAGCCAAGCAGCGACGUUCACCCAUUUGAGCGAUAUUAAAAUCGAUUGAGAAACGAGAACAAACAGAGGUCGGAUAAAAAUGAUAGGGGGAAUAAUGAUAAACGAAUGGAUAAGCGAUCGAGGAGAAGAAUUAUCAUAACUCGGUACCAAAAUGAAAAAAGGGAUCAACGUACGAACACCAAUUAGCUCUUAAAAAGACGGUCUAUCGUCGCUUAUUAUAUUAUACUAUUACUAGACUACUCUAAUUUUAUUGUCGAAUUAUAUCGUAUAACGUAUACAUAUGGUACUCGUUCGAGCAUCGUUCGUUCCUACGGACACGUGAGAUCGUUUUCUUCAACACGAUGGAGUUACGAUAAUAUACCUUUAGACGUCUACGAGGUAAGUUAUACAUGUUGGACACCCGCGAACGCGUUCACGAAUGUUUAAUAUCAAAUACUCUCUCUUUCUCUCUCUCUUUCUUUGUCUCUCUCUACUCGAUUCGCGAUAGCGUUAAGUAUUUAAAUAAUCCACUUCGAAACGUAUUGUAGAUGAUAAUAAUUUCUUGUUUCAUGCGUGUUUCGUGUGUAUCUGUUUCUCGCGCUCUCAUCAGGAAGAGCCGUCUUUCAUCUUCCAGUUCUAUCGACCCGCAUAUAUUUUUAUCGUUAGGCGAAUGAUCCAAGGAAUUCCUAUGAGAAACGAUCUUCGAACGUUUCAACGAUUUUAUGAUCUAGCGAUUCGCGAGAGCAACUCGAUAUUACAAAAUUAACAAUCAACGUUAGAUCGAUGUACGACGAUUUAUAUAAAUUGUCCACGUAUCGAUUCGUCUGAAUUUUUUCGAUUCGUAUCCAGCUUCGACUUUAAUCGCGUUAAGAAACGUGAAAAGUACGAGUACGUAGGAUGUACAGUAGGUUGGGUGAAAUAGAUCGAGAGAAAUCGUAUUCGCGCGUGUCCGCUCCUCGUUUGUCUUUUAUCCUGUGUAAUUAAACUGAUAUUUUUAAGUGAUCGUGUUAGAGACCGAGAUUAGAAAAGUUCCGCGGCGAGGAAUCGUACGUGCGUAUACGGCCGCAUAUCAAAUAAAUUAAUUGUAAGUAUGUCAGUAGAGAGUGCUGGUAUAUCCAAUAUAGCGAUGGUGAAUCGAUUCUAGAAAUGCCUUCGAGCGUAAGAUACGUUGUUCUGAUUAUUUUUUAUAUGUAGCGUAAUCACGAUGCCUUUGUAACUCUAUCCCGGUUAAAUUGUGCAUCGUUCAUCGAACGGACGAUCGAUUUUCCAUUGUAUUUAAUGCCCCUAUUAUUUAACGAGAACAAACCUGAGGUCUUACGUUCGAUGAACGUCGCAACGAUUUAGAGAAGCACGAAGAAAGAAGAAGCCAGAAUUGUACGCUGAAACAUAGCUUUAAACAUUGGUUGAACGUUUUAUUCGAUCGAGAGAAGCUUCGUCUCGCUUAUUUAAAUUAAGCCGAACGAACGGAAAUGUUUUAAUUUAAAUGAUAUUGAAAUUUUCCAAGUUCUCAAUGAAACAUUCGUUAACUCCAACGUUAUUUGAAUUUCAUUAAAAAUUUCAAUUAAACUUGCGUUCAGAGUAAAAGAUCCUUCCUCGUUCUGUUUUUCGUUUCCAUUCCGGCGUUUAUGUUCCGUUAUCCUCGGUUCAAGUUAUCCUGGAACAGCCAUCGUUUCCUUUGAGUUUCGUCGAACCGUCACGUCGUCAUCUACGUUAACGUACAUCGUGAUUAUAGCCACCCGUGUAAAAUUUCGAUUCGAUGUGCGAACGUUUCUUUUUAGGAAUCGAUCCACAAGUAAGAUUGUCCUUGCGAUCGUUCUAUCGUUUCUCGCCUCGCGAAGAUCCUUCGAUGAUGCGCGAUAUCGCGCGUCGAAACGUGUAAAUCGUGAAAUCUAACGAUAAGAUUUAAAUACUUACGAAUCGUGUUAAAUCGUCGUGUUAUUAAAUACGAAAGUUAUAUAUAUUUCUUUUUUCUUUUUCUUUUUCUUCUUAUCUCAUCUAUCGCCUAAUAGGAUCGUGAUGCAUUCGAAUCGUUUCAAUUACUCGGAGAUUUCGAUGCGCGUUUGCAUAACUUCCUUACGGAUCGAGUUUAGGCACCGGUUAUAAUAUCCGAAUUUUGCACUUUUUGAAUCGUAAGUCACGUUCGUGUAGAUGUUUCAAAGAAUAUUUUCCUAGAUUCUAAGAUCUGUACAAAAGCUAUAACGAAGAAAUAACGAAGGUUACGAUAAAUAAAUGCUCGAUGAUGAUGUGAUCGAUCAAUGGAGCGAAGUAGUUAACGAAGGAUAAACGAACAGCGUUAUUAAUGUUAAAGUUGAAUUUCAUUAUUAGCUAACGGAAGUUGCGAGUUUAUUUUAAGGAAUCAUUGUUGGAAUAUUGUGCGGUUAAAGGUCUUUUUUUCAGAUACCUGGGGAAUAAUGUUUAUUCGAGAUUACUAUAGAAAAUAGAGAUAAAAUAGGAAUAAUUUUAAUCGUAGAAUAAUACAAUAUUAUUCUUAACUCUUAACGAAUAUGGAAACAGACAAAUACGUGUAAAUACUUCGAAUAGAAGAUAUUUAAAUUUUAUGCCACUUGUUCGUUGCAUCAAUCGAUCGAUAAUCCCGAUAUCGCUAUAACAAUUGUCUCGAUAAAAAUUUAGUUCUUCUGGAAGAUAUAUUCGCUUCGAUGAAAGGGAGAAGAAUCUGUUUUACGCGUUAUCCAAUAUCUUUUCGAAUCCUGUACAUAUCGGAAAGUCUCGCACGCGUGUGUAUAUUGAAAUCUCAAAUAGUCAGAAUUUAACAUAUUGAAUAGAAGAAAAAGGAAAAAGAAAAAAAGAAAACGAUCGAUUAUAUCUGUGGAAAUGUUCGACUUUUUUAAAAAUUGUCCGUGACAUUUUAUUCUCGUAACGUAACGUAACGUAACGUCAGUAGUCGAUUUAUUCGUACGUGCGUAUAUAAAUGUAUUUUUACUGAGAUUAUCACGAUUAAUCGAUGGUCACGAGGCAAACACGUAUUAAAGUUUUCACAGACGAAUUCAAAUUUUCUAAUUCCCUGCGAACUUCAUCGUAAGUAAGGCGACAUUUUAAACGGUUUUCCAUUGCUUCCCAAAUUUUUCGACCAUUUCUCCUCGAACGUAACAGAACGAUUCGAGAUUCCCUUUGAACUUUCUCGUGUUAAUCUUACGCUUUAACCUUCGUCGACGUCCAAUAAAGCGCGACUCCUGUUCUCCCUUUCUUUUCCCUUUUGUAUUUGUCAUUUUCUUCUUUUCUAAAGCGAUGAUCAAUAGAGAACCGUUCUAUCGUGAAAAUUCACUGCGUCACGGUGUUUCUUAGAAAUUCAACAUUCCGGAACAAAUGAAAGUGAAAGCGUCAAUAUAGAUUGAAGCAUGCUGUUAGUUGAACAACAUUUAACUGUGAAAUUUUAAUGCCAAAGCAGGCAUUAUAAUAUUCGAGAAGCAUGGAAAUGUCAGUAGAUAUUAAUGUUGUUAUUCGAUGCAUUUUGAAGCCAGAGGUUUGAGAAUAAUAGCGCGUUUAUGGCGAUCGAGGGUAAAUUUUUUAUUAACGAUACCUGAAGAUAUACAGGGUGAUUUACCUGAUACGGUGACCCGAAUUUAUUGUACGCUAUUCGUUAUACAAAAAUGUAUAUGGCACGAAGAUCGCAUAAUUUCAAGAAGUAAAAGCACGUUGUAAGAAUUAUUUUUUUCGUUGACGAUAGUCAUACAAGGUUUUCAAGAUCUAUAUCUUUGCGGUUGUUAAAAGAGUAUUAAAAUUUGAAUAAAAAUUGUAUGCGUCAAAUACGACAUAGACUUUCCUUUUUUCUUUUUUUUUUUUUCAUUUAUUCGUUGUUAAAUUUUCCUGCUUCGAUCAUCGUUGCGUGAUUAUAAAAUUAUGUUACGACGUAGCUUGCAUUAUAUGAUAAACAAUUCCAAGUUUAUAUCAUACUUUUGCUUCCAAAGAGUUUAUUGAUAUUCUAAAUUUAGUUAGAAUACUAAUGAAUACAUUCUGCGACCUCCAAUGGAAACCAAAAAUAAAACUUACACCCGGUAGACAAAAAUAAAGCUUAUAUCGAGCAAGUAAAAAUAUUCUUCCACUUAUUUCUUCAGUAAGAUGUGCAUAAAAGAUCGAGGCGUCAAGAAAUCGAAUCUAACUGUAUUAUAGGUAUGACGACUGGAUAUUUUAAUUUGGAAUUUCAGCUUUAUUUUCAAGCUCCGUACUAUGAAUUUUCUCAUAGCAUGAAACAUAUUGAUCUUGCUCGCAGUCGCUGACAAGAAUCUCGAGAAACACUGUAACGCGACGAUUAAACUUCAUCAUCGAGUAUAUUUCUACAAUGUGUAUAAAAAUACGAAGAAACGUUAAUGCUUAUAUGGAAUUUCACGAGAUUUAUAUUAUCGUACAUGAUCUGUUAUAGAAAUAAGGAGGUUGAAGGAGGAGGAGGGUAACGUUGGCAAAAGAUCAAGUGGUUCCAUCAUCCUUCCAGAAGGACGAAUGUAAAAUAAUUUCAUUUUCUCGUUUUUAGCAGAAUUCCUCUUAUUCGAACGUUAUUCUUCUGUUUGGAUAAUUGCAGCAAUAAAUAAAUAAAAAAACGCCAUAAGUAAAUUCAGAUAUAUUCGAAUUAAAAUACUCCAAAUUGAAAUGCUUUGGUACGAGGUAAUUAUCGAGUAAUAAUAUUCUUAACUCUUCUAUAUUGCAUUGUCUUUCAGCGUAUUUUGAUCUGCGAACGAAUUAUGACAAUAAGAAUUUAACUUCCCUGCUGCUUACAUUGAAAUUUAUCGCCUAAGAUGAAAAAUUAUAUUAAAUUCAUUCCAGAUUUCAGACAUUGAAAAUGCCAUCAGACUGAUUGUGCAAGCGAAUCUUCUAAAGGACAAAUACCACCGAUAUUGCUGCAAAAGGAAAGAAAGGAAAUGUCUCUGUCGAUGUAUCGCUUCUCAAGGGAACCUGUUACUUUGAUUUUUCGAAAUAAAACCUUUGUAAUUACAA